CAACCUCCGAUAGACACAAAAGCGAUUUCCGGGGAGUCAGUGCUAUUCUUCUGCCGAGCCGAGGGGAACCCAACACCAAGAAUAUUGUUUCGGUGGAAUGACCAAGAGUUGGUGCACAGUCGACCUGGUCUACAGUUAAAAAUGAUCUCGCCUGAUAGUCUUUCUCUGCGGGCCAAACUGGAAAUGGAACAUAAUGGGGAUACGGUCACGUGUUUUGCACAGAAUCAGGUUGGGUCGGAUGGGGUCAGUGCACAAAUCACCGUGUACAGUGCCAAUGAAACUCCCCCGCGAGGAUUCCCCAAAGUUCAUCAGGAUCCCUCAGCAACCAUCAGCCAAGUCGGUUCCUCCGCACAACUACAGUGCGAUGUUUCGGCUGAUCCAAGACCAACUGUUUCGUGGAUAAAAGAUCAAUUCUACCCGGUUGACUUGUCAGCCAGUCGAUUUCGACUAGUCAAUUCCGGCUCGCUCGUCAUUGACACCCUUCUGGAAACAGACUCUGGUUCAUACGAAUGUAUGGCACAAAAUGCUGUCGGUACGGUUCUGAGCAAUGCUGGUCACCUGCAUGUUCGACGUAUUCAGUUCCCUCCGAAUAUAAACGAAAUACCCGAGAAAGUUGACGUUGCUCCAGGACAAGGGACAAAUCUGACAUGCCGGGCAGGUGGCUUUCCGGUCCCCAUGGUCUGGUGGUCAACUCUGGGCAGCCCAGCUGGUCCUAGUAAUGUUGGCCCGGUUAUACGUGCUGAACGUCCGCUUACCGAACCACAGCCACAUGAGGCCACACUGCGAUUGACUGAUAUAACGGAGUCUUACGAUUACAACUGCAUAGCCAAGAAUGAUCUUGGUCUUGUUCGACGUAACGUCAGUGUGGUCGUAAAAGUUGGCCUUGACGAACUUUCUUCCAAGACUCAGGAGCUGAUGUACUUGGGACGAUCGCGCUCUGUAACGCUGCUUUAUGAAUUCUGUACUGUACUGAGGAAAACCGUUUUGCCGUGCCUCAUUUUUACGCACCCAGAACUUCCUGCAGCACCAACAGGCUUGGACGCUCGACCUAUCGGAGCCACUUACGCGGUGCUCUUAUGGCAUAAAAGCACAUCACCGUCAGUCGAUUCUUACACUCUCAGUGUUGAGGCCAAAGAUCACGAUUUGGGCAAACUUGGUCGUCGUCAGGUAGCCAACAUCGUCCAAAGCGCAGGCCUAGAUCACGCUGGUUCACUGGCAACUAGCAGUGAAUACGUGUCGUACAAUUUGUCCGACCUUACACCGUAUACAGAAUACGUUGCACGCGUUCAUUCGGUCAGCCGAUCCUCUGGCCUCUCGCUCCCAAGUAAACCCGUCAGCUUCAGGACAGCCGAACUG